AUGGCCUCCUCCUCCUCCUCCUCACCUCCCGCCUCCCCCUCCCCAUCCGACUCCAACCCUAACCCCCACGCCAACGCAGAUCCUCGAUCGGAUCCUCUCAUGCCCGCCGCCAGCGACGGCGACGGGGCCUCCCCCGCCUCGCCGGACCAGCCCGAGGCGGCGGCGCCGGCGAAGGAGGACCACGAGCCCCCCGAGCCGGCGGAGGAGGCCCCGACCCCCAGGAAGACGCGCCUGCCGCGCGCCUGCAACACGGGCGCCGCCGCCGACGAGACGCCCCAAUGCCGCGUCGUCACGCCGCUCGUCUCCGAACCAGACGCGCCCGCCGACCUGCCCCGCUGGCGCCUCCGCUGCAUGUGGGAGCUCGGCUCCGUCCUCAACUUCCUCCACGUGUUCCGCCCUCUGCUCAACAUCACGGACGAGCUCACGGCGGAGGAUCUCGAGGCCGCGCUUAUCACGCCUAACGCCACUCUAUACGAUGUUCACAUGCCGCUGCUAAAGUCAAUUCCCCCAGUUACCCGCAUGGCUAUGGGGCGCGGAACCUGGGUGACCGUCCUAUGCAGGAAGCUAAGGGAUUGGUGGCAUUGGGUUGCAGAAGGUGAUCUACCAAUAGUUGCGUCGCAUGGAGCUGAAAUUGAAAUGUACAAGGAGCUAGAACCGGCAACUCGUUUAGUGAUCUUGAAAGCAAUAUGUGACAUACGUGUUGAGCAAGAGGACAUACGGAACCACAUUGACAGUUCCGUAAAGCGGGGUUAUGACCUUUCAACCUUCCGUAAAGAACGAAUUGGUGGAGAUUCCCUUGGAAUCUCAUAUUGGUACGAAGAUGAUCCAAUUCUUGGACAUAGAUUGUAUCGAGAAAUUAGACGAGUGGAACAGGUGAAGAAGGAACCGGGGAAGAGAUCAAAGGGAAAAAGAGAUUCAACUCCUCCAAUUGUGUCUUAUCAGUGGGAAACUGUUGCAUCCAGUUUUGAUGAGUUUGAUGAUGUUGCAGAAAAGCUAUUUUCUAGUCGGAACAGGACAGAGGUUUCCCUUGGCAAAAAGUUGAAGAUUGAAUAUCUUCCAGAGAUUGAGAAGAUUCAUAAGAAGAAGGAGAGGUCGCUCAAAAAGCAACAGAGAGAAGCUCUCCUCCUUGAUAGUUACUUGACAUCAGAUGUUACCACUGGUCGCUCUCUUCGUGAUAGAAAGCCUGUAACAUAUACCUUUGAUGACUAUGACCGCUCAAUAAAUGAGGCAAUCAAAAUAACAAAGAAAAGAGAAAACUCUGCUGAGCCUGUUACUAAUCUCAAUAGAAGGAUGCUUACACCAAGACCGGAGUCAUCAAGCAAUGGCAAAUUAAAUGGUCCCUCACCUCUUGCUAAUGAAUUAUAUGAUGGAAAUUCUUCAAAGUCGGAUGACUACCGAGAUAGUGAUGCUGAAGAAGAAAAUGAAACACUUGAUCGCAGUAACCGACGGAGGAGAAGAUCUCGGAGGUACACGCAAGAUUUUGUUGAGGCUCUCUCUGAUAUUGAUCCGAACUUUGACAGCGAUGAUGAUAUCAUGGGAGAAGCGGUUUAUGAUGAGGAAUAUUUGAGAACUCGCAAACAUCAGAAGACAUCAAGUGCGUCUGAAGAGGAUGAAGAGUUCCGGUUGGAAGAGGAUGUUGAAGAUGAUGAUGAAGAGGAAGAGGAAUUUUCUGCGGGCACCAGUGAAGAUAUAGAGGAGCCCCAACGGCAUACAAAGUUGCGAAGUCAGAAUGGCCGAGGGGCUAAGCGGAGAUCUGUUGGUGAAACCCAGACAGGUCUCAGGCGCAGCAAGCGUUCUUCUCGUCCACGUAUUAACUAUCAGCAGUAUGAUUUUUCGGAUACGGAUGCAGAGGCAGGAAAGGCAGGUAAAUCAGAUGCAUCGGACCCCGAUGCUAACUCUGAUGGAGAAAAUAAUAUGGAACUCUCAACAUCGAGCCAAGAGCAACAGGAAGAAGAGGAUGAUGACACUGAGGAAUUAAAAGGUAGUAAUGGCAAUAGUAAAAUAGCUGAAGACCAUGCAGUGGCAGCAAAUAAAGAGGAGCAAGAGGAGGAGCAGCCACAGCUGCAGCUACAGUCUGUCGAGAAGACGAAUGUUCCCAGCAGAGAGAGUGAAAGUGUUGGAAGAACAUUCUUAGAUCUAAACGAGCUUGCGCCUGGUGCUGGCUUCGAUGACGGGCCAAGUCUGGCAAUGAAAGAUGAAGACAUGGAUAACAGUUAGGAAAUAAGUUGCGAUAGAAUCAGUGUGUUAGGGGUUGCUGUUUCGAGCAAGGUGUAAAUGCCCAAAGUCAUGGACCAUGACAAUCAAUGGGCCUCUGAUGAGAUGUUGUGGCGAUAUUUGGAUGGUUCAAUUUGAUCUUUAGUACAUUGGUUUACUGUGACAAAAGUGUUGAGGUAUCCACCUGGGGUGGUUUCGGGGACGAGCUUCCUUGAACAUCAUCUGAGCUCUUGGGAGGCCAUGCUGACAAUAUUUUGCACUCCAUUGUGUACACUACAUGAAAGUGCGCGAGCCGAUCAAUUGCUGCUGUAUUAUGGUCAGAUUGAUCGAUGUGGCCGAAUGUGUAGAUUAUAAAUUUUAUUGCCUCCAUAUUUAUUUAGCCUUAGGCAUGAUGACGUUGCUGUGUGAAAUACAGCAGUAUUUCGUAGGGAGCAAACUUGAGUGUGUUGUCCAGUGCUCGGCUUUGAGGAGUUUCUUUUUCCACGUGUAGCAUGUAGCUUGAGUCUAAGCACGAGCUGUAUUUUGUAUUUAUAUGUGAUAACCUGAUUAGAUUGGUAAAAUCUGUGUAGCUGACACAGCCCUACAAACUUGAGCUCCCGGGCCAACGGUGUUGUAGUAUUGUUUGAAAUUUGCUUUCUGUUCUUCCUAAUAGAUAAGGGGAGACAAUGGUUUAGCAUUUAUAUGCAUCAGAAAAUGGUAUU